GGUGAUGAGUGUUAGCAGUAACGAAAAUGGCAGUGAAUUGCUUUUUGGGUUCAUUUAAAAGACUGAACAUCGCCGCCAUCAACUCAGUAAAUGAGCACCUAUGUGUUAAUCAUCUUAUCAGAGUUCAGAGCCGAGGAUAUGCAAAGAAACCUACUGUCAAGGGGAAAGGCAAAGGAAUGGUGAAAGAAGCAUUAAAAGGCCCAGAGGUUUGUAAAGACCCAGUCCGACUGACCAGUCAUGCCGUCGGGGUCAACAUCUUCAAACAGGGCGAGGAUCCCCCGCUGAAGCCCCAAGAGGAGUAUCCGGAGUGGCUGUUUCAGCUGGAUCUCGGCCCUCCGAAAAAACUUCCCGACCUGGACCCGGAAAGCCGAGAAUACUGGAAGGUUCUCCGGAAAGAACACAUGUGGAGAUUUAACAGACUCCAUAAGGGCAAAAAACUCUAAACGCUGGGAAUGGGAACUUGAUUUUCCUCCUGGACGCACUCACGUGUUGGGUCAGUCUUCGUCCAGACCCUCAGAUACCAGCCGUGUGUUCGCCUGCUCCAAGCCUGUUCUCCCCCAGACGUCAGCGGCCGUCAGCUGACUCUCUAACCCAUCACUCCGGACCUCACUUAAACCUACAGGAACGAUCUGAGAUGUUUGUUUAGUUGCUGCAGGUUUUUCCCCUCGUUUCACAGGGUGUGUUAUGUGGAUUGUAAUGUUAAUACAACCUGCGACAGAGAGAAGCUUCCCUCCAUCACAACUCUGUAUUGACCAACAGCAAUGUUUUAUUAAUACCAUUGCUUGCUGAUUAUCACGUCAAACAAACAACUGUCCCUCUUGGCAAAAAAGAAUGAA